AUGCAUCUUAAUAUUCAAAAUAAUUUAUAUAAAAUACAGGAGACAUUCAAAGAUCUUUAUAAUGAAAAUAAUAUAUCUAGAGAAUAUAUUGAAGGGUUUGCUGGGGGAUUUUCAGGAAUUACUACUAAAUUUAUUAUAUACCCAUUAGAUAGAGUUAAAAUAUUGAAGCAAAUAAUAAAAUAUCCUCUAGAAACAAAUAAAAAUAGAAAAAGUUGGGAUAUAUUUAGAAUAGUUUUUCAAUCAGAGGGAGUAUCUGGAUUAUGGAAGGGAGGCUCUUUUAGUCUUGCUAGAGCAUUUAUAAGCUCAGGAAUUGGAUUUUAUACAUUUAAAUUAAUGGAUGAUAAAUUACAAAGUGUACAAUUUAUAUCAAAUAAUCAAAAUAGUAUUAAAAAAUUUAUUGCUGGAAGUAUAUCUGGAUUAUCUAUUUUACUUACUACAUAUCCAUUAGAUGUCCUUAAUACUAGAAGAGCUAUACUUGGUAUAUGUGGAGUUCCUUUAACUCACAAACCAGCUUUGAAAAAUUUAUCUUCAGGAUUUAUUUGGACUCUAUUUGGAUCUAUACCAUAUGGUGGAAUUUCAUUUUUAGUAUUUCAUUCUUUAAAAUCAUAUUGGCAAAAAUAUUCAGAACUUGAUAGCUUGAGACUUUGGUUAUCCGGUGGAGUUGCCGGAGUAAUAGCAUUAAGUAUUACUUACCCAAUUGAUACAUUAAGAAAAUUAAAACAAGUUGAAUCUAUUUUAAAUUCAGAGGUAGGAAAUUACAAUUUUCUAUUAUAG